AUGCUUAAUAUCUGUCUAUCUGAAUGGAGUUCAUAUCACAUCAAUUAUCAUAUCCACUUAGUACUUAUUGUAUGCUGUAUAAAUCAUCUGAUUGAAUCACGAACAAUUCGUUAUCAAAUUGAUGAAGAAUUGAAAAUCAAUACACCAAUUGGAAAUUUACUGAGUAAUAUACAAAGUGGAGUACAAAAUAUACGUUUUAUAAAAAUAUCUAGUACAGAUGACUCUUCAGCGUUAUUUUCUGUAGAUCAGUUUUCUGGUGAUAUAACAAUUGAUCAUAGAUUAGAUAGAGAACAAUUAUGCAGCCAGAGUGAUCGAAUAAACAAACCUGACACUUAUGAGAAUUUAGUCACUGAUUGGAAAUCGAAUGUGUUAACCGCUCAAAGUACAAAAUGUGAAUUAUAUUUCAGCGUGAAUUGUUUAAAUGUAACACCGAUUAAAAAUCUUGGGAAUCAAAAUAAAGUAAAACGCCUUGAGUUGGAUUAUGAAAGUCGACAAAAUUACACAUUUGAAAUCGUUGCUGAUGAUGGAUUUCCAUCAGGUGGACAUCAGUGUCAUCUCAAUGUCACUGUACUCGUCGAAGACUGUAAUGAUCAUACGCCAGUGUUUGAUCAGUCCACGUAUGUCGCAAAUGUUAGCGAAGACACAAUCAUUGGCCAGACUAUUGUAAAGGUGACAGCGAAUGAUGCAGACGACGGGGAAAAUCGGAGAGUUCUGUACAGCCUUGAUUCAUAUACGGAUAACACUGAUGACAGCAAUCUUUUCUAUAUUCAUGAAGAUACCGGUGAAAUAAGGCUUCAACGACGUUUAAAUCAUCGCCUGAAGCCUCAACAUAUAUUAAAAGUAUUUGCUAAGAAUCCUGGUCAUACUCUAUCUAGAAAUAUGAAGUCUCUACAAACGCUAUCUAAGUCAUCUACAGCUCAGGUUAUUGUGAAUGUGAUUGACACAAAUGACCACUUUCCACGGAUUCGAAUUUUAUCGCCUACAGGUUCGAAAACUCUAGAAAUAAUAGAAGAAUCUCCGCCUGGUCAAGAUAUUGGCAUUCUAGAUGUUUCAGAUGGUGAUACAGGGAAAAAUGCUGAAGUGAACUGUAACCUAACAAAUCAAACAAUUACAGGUGUUCUAAGUCUAAUUCCAAUGAAUAGUGAAAUCAUAGGGAAGGAAGUGGCACUUUCUAAUCGAAAGUACAAGAUAACUCUUGAGAAACGCAUAGACCGAGAAGAAUACCCAGCAUAG